GAGAGGAGAGGAGGGAGAGAGGAGAGAGAGGAGAGACCCUUCACGCCGCCUUCUCCAUCCAAAAAAAGCCGAGACCCCCCCCCACCCCAUCCUCACCCACACCCACACCCACACACACACACACACACCCCCACCGCGAGUUGCUCCACCGCACAGUGCUCCCACACCCCUCCCGGUCAGUGGCAGCGCAGCUACAAAGGCAACGACAAAGAGUCCCGAAAAUGAGAGAGAUCGUCCACAUCCAAGCGGGUCAGUGCGGCAACCAGAUCGGUGCCAAGUUUUGGGAGGUGAUCAGCGACGAACAUGGAAUCGACCCCAGCGGGAAUUAUGUGGGUGACUCAGAACUGCAGUUGGAGAGAAUUAGCGUCUAUUACAAUGAAGCAUCUUCUCUCAAGUACGUGCCUCGAGCCAUCCUUGUGGACCUGGAACCAGGCACAAUGGACAGUGUUCGUUCAGGACCCUUUGGACAUCUCUUUAGACCAGACAAUUUUAUUUUUGGUAUGUAG